GACAGAGGGACGAACGAUCACGAAAAGACGAGUCAUCAAGGUGUUGAUCUUGCAGAUCAGGCUAAGGCAGCACCGUUGCUCGGUGGUUCAGCGAACUUUCACGCAGGAAACGACGAGACAAUUCGUAAUCUCAUCUUUGGGGAGGGCGGCCAACUCGG